AUGGUAGGAGCAGCAAUGGCAUGUGCCCUUGGGCAUGAGCCAAAUUUUGCCAAGAAAAAGAUAACAUUGCUAGAAUCUGGUCCUGAAAAAGUGUUCGAAUUGACUAAAACCUACAAAAACCGUGUCAGUACAAUCAACCCAGCCUCAGUUGCACUUUUAGAUAGUUUUGGAGCUUGGGACAAAAUUUUACAGAUGAGAUGCCAGCCAGUAAAGAGAAUGCAGGUGUGGGAAUCUUGCUCUGAUUCCUUAUUGACUUUCAACCAUCCUGAUUUAUCAUUGGAAUUGGCUUAUGUUGUUGAGAAUGAUGUCUUGCUGUCUGCUAUUACUGAUUCCUUGAAAGAGUGUCCUCAAGUUGAAGUACUGUAUGAUACCAAAGUCAGCAAUGUUGAUAUUCCAAUGUUGAAUGAUCCAUCUGCUAAGGAUUCUUUGCUGACUAUUUCUCUAAAUAAUGGCAGAAUUCUUCGUACACAUCUUCUGAUUGGAGCAGAUGGAUCCAACUCUCUUGUCCGUAAAACCUGCAACUUCCCAACUGUACAAUGGGAAUAUGACCAGGCUGGUGUUGUGGCAACCCUACAACUAUCUGGGGAAGCAGAAAAUACAGUUGCAUGGCAGAGAUUCUUGCCAUCUGGACCCAUUGCUAUGUUGCCACUUUCAAACUCUUUAAGUUCCAUGGUAUGGUCAACUAGUCCAACUCAUGCCAAAAAACUAUUGACUAUGACAAAAGAAGAGUUUAUUGAUGCUGUCAAUCAUGCAUUUUGGCAUGAUGACAAAAAGAAUCUAAUUGCUCAAAAUAUGGAGAAAUCUUUGGAAAAGUUUCUUGAUAAAAUUGUUCCAGGGGGAACAUCAAUGAGGCAAUUACCCCCAACAGUCAUUGGAGUGGAUGAAGGAUCUUGUGCCAUGUUCCCACUUGGUUUAAACCUCUCUUCACAUUAUGUUCGCCAAAGAGUUGCUUUAAUUGGAGAUGCAGCCCACAGGGUUCACCCAUUGGCUGGGCAAGGAGUGAACUUAGGCUUUGCAGAUGUGACAUGCCUACAAAGUAUGUUGACAAAAGCCAUGAAUGAAGGUGCUGAUUUAGGCUCUUUGAACAUCUUAUUAGCAUAUGAAACAGAACGACAGCGUCAAAUUAUUCCUAUUGUGGCUGCUAUUGAUGGCCUCCAGAAAUUGUAUGGCACUGACUGGACUCCUGCAGUUGUUCUUCGAUCUUUAGGAUUACAAGCAACCAAUGCUGCCACAUUCCUAAAGGAUAAACUGAUCCAAAAAGCCUCCAGUUCAUGA